AUUUUCAUCGCUGAUUUUCUUUCUGAACUUUACUGUAUUGGCUGAUUCGGUCGAGUUUGUGGGCAUUUCAUUUCAGAAAUCCUGGAGCCUGGAGGGCGUCUUUUGAAAAGUAUUUUCGAGUAGUGCCGCAGUGCCAGGAUAAGCCGAGCUACAUAUAUCCAUAAUGUCUUCACACUAUCGGUCUUCAAAUUAUGGAUCAGGAGGGAACGAGUCUCUGGAAGGCCUUACAGAAUUUCUCACCCAUGAUGAGAGUCCAACAGCUCGGACCUUGUUUGCUGGAAAUGUGGAUGCCCGAGUUACACGGAAAAUGUUGUACGAGUUGAUGGUGCAGGCAGGUCCAGUAGAGUCGAUCAACUUGGUUCCUCCUAAAGAACACGCAACGAAAACUAUGGCUUUCGUGCGUUUCGAGCACGCGGUUAGUGUUCGCUAUGCUAUGCUCGUGCUCGAUCAAGUCACCUUGUUUCGCAGUUCGCUGUCGCUGAAUUAUUCCGGAGUACAUAAAGCCAAACCACGUCCUCGGUAUCCGCCUUUUGCUCCGACGUUUUUUGAAAUUCCGCCUGGCCUGGACCAAGUGAAUGACACCAACAAAGAGCUGCUGGUUUCCGUCAAUGCCAUUCCGCCUCUCAGCUACCUGUCUGGAUAUUUUCUGACGCCGCAGCCUAGCGCGUCGCCACAGGAAAUACCGGGUCAAAAUUACGGUUAUGGAGAUUUAGACAAUCAUGGAUCUUACACUGCAUCCGCUUCUUAUCGGGGGGAUUCUCGUGAUGCACGAUCGCAUCACUCUCACAGUUAUGGUUCUCGAUCACAGGAUUCUGCGUACGAAGAUUCACGAUAUUCUUCUAGCACUCGUCACGAUGAAUAUUAUGGAGGCUAUGAGAAUUACAGUAACCGCGAUUACCAGCGAUCAUUUUCUGCUGGAUACAGUCGCUCUGACUCGUAUGGGUACGAUAAUCAGCGAAACAGGGAUCGACAUGACGCUUACCCGAGCAAUCCUCAUAAAAGACCACGGCGAUGAUUCACAUCAAUCCUCAUCGUCAAGUUUUAUUAAUGGAGUAUUUAAAUUCCAGCGAGUGGAAUUAUGUGGCUUUGCUGGUGUUAGAUAGCGUCGAAUUUAUGCGUUGUUGGGUAAUGCUGAUUUUUGUGUGCGUCAAAAUCAGACGUUCAAAACAGCGCUUCAGUGAAUUGUACAGUUCCCUUUGUUUUUAAUAAUCAUGGAAUAGUUUCAAUUUAAAAUUAAGAGGUACAGUACAUAAUUUGGAUACGUACGUUGCCUUCACAGCUAAUUACGUAUGAAAACCCAGGGUCCCAGACUCCCAGCAUAGUAAAUUUCCACAAGAUUAACCACAACACAAUAAAUGUACACACUUUCGGUAAUCAUCACUGAUUUCAGUAAGUACAGUGUCAGAUUAUCAAUUUUGCCGGCACAAAAAAGGACGUUAAGAAUACAA